GACGCCUGUUUUUAUUAUUAUUCAUUUUUCUACUGCUGCUCCUUUUGUUCCCUUCCACCGUUUCUCCAGAGCGGAGAAGACGACCCUCGAUCGCCCUCAUCUCUGAUAAAAAACCUCGGUCCUUUUCGGAUCCUUUCCGAAUCACUCUCGCGGCCGCACACUGCCCCUUUGGAACCCUAAUUUCGUCUCAGGCGUUUUCAUGAAGAGGAGGAUGCUGUAGACGAUGCUAACAGACUAGUUGGACGCGUCACAACCAUUUUAAGGGAUUAUUUUUUUCCCCUUUGAACUCCAUAAUUUUGAUGAGCAGUCAUUAUAUCAGUUGGACAAUUUGUUUGAUAAAAAAAUCUUGUUAGUAUGCGGUCAAAUUGCUUGUUCUAUCUUGCUGAUGUUCGAGUUACAAAUUCCUCGUCGUGGGUACCUGAGUUGAAUGGCAUCGCGCAACAAUUUUGUCUAAAUGUUUUGAGCCUGAAUCGGAUGUAAAAUAGCCAGAUAAAAUGUAUGGCGUCAAGAUCUGAGGAAGAAUAUCAAGGUUUUCUUCUCAAUCAUCAAUCCAAAUGCUGAAGUUGUUGGCUGUUGAUUUGGAUUCAUGAUUUGUAAAUGUUUUUUGUUAUAAGAGUAGCUGCUGGUCUUGUUGUUUUGCUCUGACUUACUGGUACCAUAUAAAAUAGCUAAGACGGGUGCUCUCUGUUGUGUGGCCGCUGGGCCACAUGGACCAAAAUCUAAUACUUCUGGAAGAGAUUGCUCCAUGGAUCCAAGUGAACCUCAUUGGCGAACCAAUUCAAGCUACUCACCUUAUUUAUCAAGGAGAUGGGACUGCAGUUCUCAGUCAGAUGAACUAUCAAAUAGAGUUCAUGAAGCUCCUCUGACUGGGUCUUCAGUGUCUCUGCAUAGUAAAAGUGGCAGACAAACUAGGAAUAAUGACCUAAUUCAUCACCAUUCUGUGUCUGAUGGGGCACUAUCUUAUUCAGGGAGCCCAUCUGACUAUCUUCAAGCACGACGCUGGAUACCGUGUGUGCAUAGAUAUGAUCUUGGGGAAUUUUCUACACCUUCAGGAGGUGCAAGGCCUGAAGCUUCCUUUUUCUCUAGGGGAAGUGAGGGAUGCGUUGCUGUAGCAAAUGGUAUUGGUUCUCCAUUUUCUCCAUUAGAAUCUAGUAGAUGGGCAUCCACUAGCAAGCAGCCCCGUCACCUUUCAAACAGACGAUCAUUCAUGUCAAAGCCUAUUUAUCCACUUAUGUUCCAGAAUCCUGUCUCAGAUUCUGAUAUCCCUAGAAUGGCUGAAGCAAGUACCAGUGGUGUGAGAAUGCAUCAUGAGAAUAGUGGGGCUUCACCUAUGUGGGCCGAGAGAACAUUGAGUCCUGAACUUAAGUUCUGUAGAGCUCUAACUGAACUUCGGAAGAUGGAGGCUUCUCCAGAUCUCAGCAUGAGUUCAAGGAGGGAAGGACUCAGAUGGAGUUACUCAAGCAGCUAUGAUUUCAAGUUUGAUGGAGAUUCUGUUGAUAUCACAGAAGCCAUUGAUAUUGAGAACCAGAGAUGCCCUAGUAACACAACAAGAUACCAGAGAUGCGAGCUUUGCAAGAGGUUAUUGCGUCAAAAGUCUCCAUGGAGUUCUAACCGAAUAGUCAGAAGCACUGAUAUGCCAGUCACUGGCAUUCUCCCUUGUCACCAUGUUUUCCAUGCUGAUUGUUUGGAAGAGACCACUCCGAAGAGUCAAAUUAAUGAACCUCCAUGCCCCGUGUGUCCAAAAUCUCUCAGACAAGAAAAACAGACAUCAUUUUCAGAGCAUGCCCAUGUGGCUUUCAAGUCUGCUAGCAGCAAGGGUCAAGGUGCAACAGUGACCAGUGGAUCAGGCACUAGUAGAAGCUUGAACCCUCAUCAGAUGGAGGAUGACAUGAGGAGAAACAGUUCACUGGCAGAGCCACACCACAGUAGUUCGUCGACUAAGAAACACAUCAAAAAGCGUUUAUCUUUCAAGGGCAAGAUAGGAAAGGAUCUCUUGGGGGCCAAAAUGUUCUGGGCCAGCAAUUGACAAAAUCAUUGAGUGCCCGGUCAGUGUCCCAUUUCUACAAUGGGUUUGUAAUAGUUGGCCUUGUAUAUCAUCAGUGUUGGCCCUUUUAGUGUCUGAAAACUUAAGAGAAUAAUUACACAUUCCAAAACAGAUCAUGUCACCUUUCACUGUGCCGACUUGGCUAUGGAACAUUUCGUGAACUUCUACAUCCAA